AUGUACCGCAAGCGAAAGCGAUCGGUGCCCCCCGUGGAGGAGAAGAAAGGGGGCGAUCGGUCAAGAGGCGCGAGGGAUCGAGGCAGGGACUACAUGAUGAUGAUGAUGGAAGGCGUGACCAAUGGCGGAGGAAACGGCUACGGCGGCGAUGCACCAGCGGCCUACACACCACCGGCCUCUCCACCUCAGCCACCAAUCGAUCAGAAUUGCAUUUUCCACAACCUGGCCACUUCGACAUCCGAGCUCCAACAGUCGCACGAGCAGACCGUUCACGCGACGAAGCGAAUUCUGUUGCACCAGGCCCUUUUGGGCAGCGACGGCGGCCAUCAUGGACCACAAGCGGCGACGGAGCGAGAACGCAUAGACAAGAGACUCGAUGAGGAGAUGGAGCUCAGCCGGCGGGUCCAAACAGCGAGGACGAACGACAUCUAUGCGUCCUUCCUGCCACUGCACCAGGCACAGCCGCUCCUGCUGCCGCAUCUGGAGAUGCUCUGGCCUGGGGGCUGCCUGCUGCAGGCCAGGACGCGCUUGAACAACACAACGCUGGAUGGAAAUGGAGGAGACAAUGGCAGCGGGAACGAUUGCUGGCUCGCCUUGUCAUCAGGCCUGACCAAUCCCGACAUGCCGACGCGAUUCCGGCUCGAGCGGUUCCGAAUUCGACGCGGCAACGGCAAGGAGGACCGAUUGCCGAUGAUAGAAGGGGGCGAUGACAAAAUGGGAGGCGAAAUCUUCACUUCCAACGGAAUCACCGUCUACGCCGGCGAUCGAGGCUCUUUCUCAUCUGCCGUCUCGUUGCGGCCGCGGCUGGAGCUCGAUUCGCGAUGGGCCGGCUAUGGCUACGAGAUCGGCGUCAUGACCCGCGGCAAGCAAUCGUGGGCCACCCACUGCCUGGCCUUCAUGGUGUCGAAGGCAGUGAUGGACGACUACAACCUGCGCGGAGUGAUCGACCAGUUUGGAGCGGCCACCUUCGAGCGGAUGCCCGUGCAGCCUGAUCGCACCGCUCACUUCCUCAUCGCCAGGGCUCCGGCCGAGCUGUACGCGAAGGAGUCGAUCACGCUGCCCAAUGGGUCGAUGCAGAUGUUCCUAAUGACUGCCAUCACCGAAGAAGAGCUGCAAUUCGGAAUGCACAACCGGGCGUUGGACCUCUACCACCGAUUACGACAUGCCGGCAAGGCCUACAUCAGCGACCUCGACCGACCAUCGAUCGACCUGCGACGCGAGAGCGACAGGAUUGCGGACGAGGCCGCGGCGAAUGGCGACCUGGCCACCCUUGGCGGACUGCUGAGCAGCGGGUAUCGCGUCUUCCCCGGCAACCCCAUCAUCUGCCUCGCGGUCAAGAAGGGCCGCGACGACCGGUCGGCAGCCAGCGUGCUGCGAUUCUUUAUGGACAAGCGAUGGAGGGACGGCGGGGAUCGGGCGACGAAUGGGCGAGCAGAGCGAGACGGGACCGAAAGCGAGAGGGAGCGAGAGCGAGAACAAGGAGGAGAGGGUGUGCGGAACGGCGGCGGCGUGGGCGACGCGACGGCGACGGACGAGGAGUUGGUGCGGAGUCUGGCGCAGGUGAGGGACGAGGACAACUACACGGCACUGCAUUGGGCCGCGCGGAAUAAUUUUGCAGAGUGUGCCCAGCUGCUCGUGGAGAAGGGGGCAGUGGACAUCGAGCUCCGGGGAACACGGACGGCGGUGACCGCCCUCCAUUUGGCGGCCAAUUUUGGAUCGUUGGAGACGCUCAAGUUGUUAAUAUCAAAGGGAGCCAAUCUUACCAGUGAUGCGUUGCCUGAUAGGCAAGGCGAGGUGACCCCGCUGAUGCUGGCUCUGGAUUCCGAGAAUGAACGAUCAUACGAGGCCUGCAAGAUGUUAAUACAGGCCGGGGUGAGUGUAAACAGCCAGGACUGGGCCGGUUCCACCGUGCUACACAAAAUGUCUCGGGUGGUACCGCGCUACUUGAUGAAGGCCAUCGAGUUCCCGGGCAAGGAGAAGGGCAGGGAGGUGUCGUACUUCAUUCGAGACGGCGAGUUUGGGAAGCGGGUGGAGAACAGGGUGGACGAGCGAUACAUCCACGACUAUCCCGAAGCCGAAGAGGAGCUGUUCAACAAGCACUUCGGGGCGUUUUGUCCGAUGCACAAGAUCUACAUGGGCAUGCUGAGCAAGCUCGGACUGCUCAUGCGGAACGGGGCCGACGUGGGUCUGCGUAACAACGCCGGCAUGCUGGCCCUGCACAACUUUGCGGGCGAAGGCGGGCUGCGCGAGGUCCGCGCAGUGCUCGACUACGAGGCCGGCAGCGGCCUCAGCCGCGAGGAGCGCGAGGUCAACUGGAAGAAGAUCAUCAACGCGCGGGACAACUCGGGCCGCACGCCGCUCUGGAUGGCCUGCGCGCACGAGAAGGGUCCCGAGCUCGCCGUCAAGAUGGCCCACUGGCUCAUCGGCCGCGGGGCCGACGUCAACCUCGGCGACGACUGCGGCAUCACGCCGCUCCACGUCGCCGCCGUGUUCGGGAACCUGCCGCUGGCGAACCUGCUGGUCAAGCACGGCGCCUCGCCGCACACGCUCACCAUCCGCGGCGGCGGGCAGCUCUUCUGCGCCAACACCGAGCACGUCUUCCCGUCGGGCGUGUCGCCGCUCCACGUCGCCAAGAAGGAGGGCCACUUCCACCUCAUCAACUUCUUCCACGAGGUCCUCGGCCCAUGA